AGGCAUGUGGCGCAACCUUGGAUGGACGCAACCUUUGUCCGAAGAAGAGCUACAUUUUGCUAACGUUGCGUAAUACGUGUUGUGUGACGUGAACAUCACGUGAUUAUUUUAGCGAAUAACAAGAAAGUAUGAUUUGACGAUAACUGUUUAUUAUUUUGCUGUUUUUAAUAAAAAGGUGAAUGCCAACCGUAACCGCAUCAUCUUAAGUUUUUGUGUGUAAAGGUGACAGAUGGUUAUCGAGUUUACGUGGCGUGAUAUUUAGUAAGUUUACGAGAGUCGUGUUAUUGUAUUUAAAAAAAAAUAAAGAAGUUUGAAACAAUGUCUUCUAGUGAAGAAACAACUGAAUUGAAGGCUGGUCACCCUCCUGCAGUUAAAGCAGGAGGUAUGCGAAUUACUCAGCAUAAGGUUCAUACCCAUGAAAAACCGGUUGAAACAAAAAAAGUUGAUGGUGAAGAAGAGGAGGAGGAAGAAGUUGUAACUCCUAGUCCUCCUAAGCAGCAAAUAGUGAUUUCUGGAGCUAUAGCUAAAGGUGAUGCAGAUUUUCCAGCAGAAGCUAUUCAAGCAUUCCACAACAAGCCAAUGCCUGCACACGAUUUUAGACCAGCUAAUAGUAGGCCAAAUAUUAUUCAUCAGCCUAGGAAGUAGAAUGUAAAUCCUGCUGUACGAUACAAUGUUUGUUACACAAUCUGUUAACUUCCAUGUGUUGGCUGCUGCUUCAAAAGACCAAUAUUGUUUUUUUUUUUUUAUUAUUGGGAACAUUUUUGUUAUAUUUUUAUGAACUGUGUUGACAAAAUCAGCUGUACUGUUGAUGUAUUAACAGAUUAAAGAAUUAAAGAUUUUUUCAAUUAA